AUGGCCGAUGACGAAGAGCGCGUUAAGGCUGAGAAGCUGGCUGCUGCCAAGAAAAGGGUAGCCCAGCUCCAGAAGCAAAAGAAGAAGGCCAACAAGAAGGCCUCAACCGCUACAGACACCCCCAAGGAUGAUGAGCCAUCUAAAGACGCCGCUUCUACCGAAGACACUGCGACUGCGACAGAAACCCCCGCUCCGGCAGACGCCCCCGCCGAGGAGAAGCCAGAAGAAGUCACAUCCCCGGAGCCCGCUGCAGAGACCCCAUCGGAAGAAAAGCAAAAUGCACCAGUUGAAUCGCCUGUAGAGCCAAUGCCCCCGGCUCCGACUUCUCCUGAUCCAGAGGCGGAGGCGCAACCAGCCAGACUCGACACCCCUCGCGCCGGGCACGGCCGCCAGCCCUCUCUAUCGAUACAGUCGAAGAUGCGCUCGUCUUCUUUCCGGAAGACAUCCGUGUCCCAAGGAAGCUCUCUACCUCCUCUAACUGGGGACGGAGAAUCUGUGCACGAGGUCUUCCGGAAACAGUCGACGAAGAUCGAGGAGCUGGAGAAGGAAAACAAGCGUUUAGAGAAGGAAAUUGCUGAUGCGACGACUCGCUGGCGCAAAACCGAAGAACAGGUGGAGGAUCUACGUGAGGCUAGCGUUGAUAGCGUGGAGCUACGGGAGAAAUUGAAGCAGGCAGAGGAGAAGGUGGCGGAUGUUGAAUUAUUGAAGGAGGAGAUUGCAUCUCUGCAACGACAGAAUUCCCAACUUCAAUCUCGAUCACACCGGAAUAAUGCUGGACCUUCCGAGUCACCGCCGGCAGACUUGGUACGCCAGCUUGAAUCCAAGUCGGAGACUAUCGAGGCGAUGGAAUUGGAGAUUUCAAAUCUACGCGCCCAGGUUACCGACCAAUCCUCCUCCAACAGCGCCAACGAGACACAAGUAGCAGCACUGGAAGAGAAGGCAUCGCAGAGCAGGGCCGCACUGGAGAAAUCUGAGCGUGAAUUGGCAGAUACGAAGCAAGCUCUGACGCGUGCGUCAGAGAGGGCAGUGAAAGAAGGCGUGGACAAGACUUCCACCGAGACCCUGAUCAAAUCCCUGCAACGCGAAGUUGAAGACGGCAAAAACGAAAAGAGCGAAGCAGACAAAAAGAUCGAAAACCUGGAAAAGAAACUCCAGGCAAUCGGCAACCUGCACAAAGAAACCGAAACCCGGCACCAGACCCGCCUACGCGAGAGCGAAAAGGCAGAGAAAGAGACAGCCGUGCUCCGCAAGAAACUCUCCAGCAUCGAAAACGAGAAUCUCCGCCUCCGAGAAGAGCGUGACCGCAUCAAGAAGCGCGAAUCAGGUGGCGGUGCCGACGACGAGGCCCUCGACGAGCUCGAGGACGAAGAGCGUCAAAGGUUGGAGCGCCGCAUCCGCGAGCUGGAAGGCGAGAACUUUGAUCUACGCCGCGGAGUCUGGCAAGAGAAGCGCCAGGAACUAGCCGGACAAGGCUUUCCUGAAGAAGGCGCCGGAUCGGCCGUCGAUGCCGGUGCCAACGCCUUUGACGACGUGGAUCUCGUCGGUGGUCGUCCUGACCAUGCCCGUCGUCGCAGCAUGGCUUUGCAGCAGCAGCAGCAGCACCACUCAUCUUUCUCCACCGUCCUAUCAAGUGGCUUUGCCGCUUUUACCGGCGGCAACCAGAACAACCGCUCCCGAGCUGGCUCGUCAAACCCGCCACAUCCUCAUGCGCCUGCUACGCGAGGUAGUCUCGAGCUACUCUCCGAGGAGAACCUAGACGAUGAGUUUGAAUUCGACGAGGCAGAGUUUGCGCGUGCGCAGGCUGAAGAAGAGGCUCGCAAGCGCGUGGAGUGGGUAAGGGAGAUCAAGCGCAAACUGCGCGACUGGAAUGGGUGGCGGUUGGAUCUUGUUGAUAGUCGGGCUGGGGCUGAGGGAGCGGGCGUGGGAAUGGGGGAGAUCUUCGAGGUUUAG